AUGGCGUUUUCAAUGAACCAGGACAAAAUGUUGUCAUUGAACAAAUUUGACGAGGAUAUGUCAGAUACUUUCAGGAGCAGUGAUUGCUGCAGUUCGAAUGACUUUGUUGCCCGCUGGCAUAGUCAAUUUGGCGGCAAGGACAACUCAACAUCAGAUACGGACGACUCAACAUUAGACAAGGACAACUCAACACGGUCAGACACGGAUGACUCCACAUUAGACAAGGACAACUCAACACGGUCAGACAUGGAUGACUCAACAUUAGACAAGGACGACUCAUUGGGCAACGACGACUCUUAUGAUGAACCUCCAUGGACAACGCCAAUAAUGCCUGUACAAACCUCAACCCCAAAGACCACAAAAGCGCCGAAAAUUAAAAGAAAAACCAAGAGCAACGUAUCAGGACGUCAAUGAGGUAUCCUGGCAUGGGAGCGUGACAACGACAAGGCGAUGUUCGAUACUCAAAAUGUUGUGUUUGGAGGUAAAGGUUGGCCACCAUCCUUUAGAAAUCUAGUAGUGGAAAUGCGAGAGUUUCUGUUUAAUGAGACUGGGUUAAAGCAGGAUUGGGAUGUGGAGGAUGCGAACAUGCUCAGAAAAUAUUUUUAUCAAAAAUACAAAAUUCCCGUAAGAGAUACUUAUUUUAGGUUAGAAUUUGUUAUAAUAAAACUAUAGUUUGUCCGUAUAACUUGGGUUUUACUUCUACCACGACCGUCCCUUAAUUUAUAUAUUGAACGCCAUGCAAAGACGAUUUCCCACUUCAAGUAACGCCGCGUAUACUGUAUAUAACAUAUUAAUCAGUAUAGCGUUGCCGACUUUUAAACCUUUAAAUUAUUAUGAUAUAUUUAAUUGUUAUUUAAUGUUAUGUGAAGUAACACGAUUAUAUCGCCUUCAUUUAGGUGAAAAAUACAUCAGCGUUGACACUGCAUGUCAAACUAGCAACAAUGUCCCCGCGAUGCUACGAACAGGCGCAGAAACUGAUGGACUUGUACCAGGCUGGUCAACUUGACCGUGCACGACACAACAACACUGUCUUACUGGUUAUUCACGCCACAUACUUCGACUUCCUUUAUACGUACAAUGUUAUGGAGCAAGAAGACGAAGUUCACACACUGCUCCAUAACAUUUGCGUGAAGGGAAGAAGACCGGAACGAAGGCAGAAUAGCCGGCGAAAUGAUUCUAAAGGGAAAAAACAGCUAAAUAUCAUAUGCAUGUGUUCAUGCAGAUAUUUCGUGCAUGCACACUUAGUAUUUAACUAUAACAUGCAGCGCCUCAUUCACCAGCGAAAUGAAACAUCUAAAUUCUAAAAAGAAUAACUGAAAGGGCACAUAUAGAAAAGAAACUAUACAAUGGAAUGCUAUAGCUGUAUCAAAUUUAUUUAUUUCAGAAAGACGAAGAAGAUUUGAAGAAAGCUACAAAUGCCUUAAAACGUGUUAAAGAGGUAAAAUAUUGAAGUGAUAUAUUAUAUAAGAUGGCUGACGAAAUUCUUAAAGCUGACACAUGCACUAUCUUUACAUUUUCAUCUUUAAUAAUGGUAUAUCUUUAAAAUUACAAGGAAUUGGCAGCAACAGAGAAAGAAAAAAGAGAGUUGGAAAAAGAAAUCACUGAGCUCAGAAGG